CGACAGCAGAGGAAGGGGCCCUGUGACUCUUGGGUGUCACUGGACAGUCUGCCUUCAGAAAUCUUGCUGCAGAUACUUUCGUACCUGGAUGCCGUCACGCUGCUGGCCGCCGGGUGUGUCAACAGGCGCUUCUACCACCUGGCCAGUGACAACUUUAUUUGGGCAAAAAUCUACUCCGUGGCCUUUGCCCCUAAGAAAUCUCACUGGAGAGGGAGUUCCGUGGAGACGAUGACCGAGUGUGUGCACUCGCUGUCCGUGGAGGCCAGAGAAGCGGGCUACUGGAAGAAGGAAUACAUCAGCAAGCAGAUUGCAUCUGUGAAGGCGGCGCUGGCUCAGAUCCUCAAGCCUGUCAACCCCUACACAGGCCUCCCAGCCAAAACCAAGGAGGCCCUCAGAAUAUCUGGUUUAGGUUGGGUGAUUAUACUGAGAGAAACAUGCGGGAAGGAGCAUGUCCUGGACCACGCUGAUCUUUCCAUAAACGAGUCCUCAGUCACAGUCAUGUGGUACGGCAAGUAUUGGCCACAGCGAGCCACGCUGGCCACCUUAGACUUGUGUGGUGUGACCCCAGUUUUUAUGGACCGCUCCCAACCUCCCCCCAAGGCUGGACCUCGCUGGCAUUCUUUGAUCGCCAAGUACAACCUGAGUCACUUGACUGAGUCCACCAUGAUCGGCUGUGACAGGCUCGUCAGGAUCUUCUGCCUCCAGCCAGGCCUCCUGGUGGGGCUGUGGCAGAGGGAUGAAGAGCUGGCCUUUGUUAUGGCAAAUCUCCAUUUCCAUCGCAUUGUGGAGAGGAGUACCCUCGGCUCAGCCACUGUCCCUCACGAGGUGCCUCUGCACGUCCCCUUGGUAGACGACAGCCCCGAGUGUGGCCUGCAGGGCUACCAGCUCCACGUGGACAUGCACAGCGGCGGGGUCUUCUCCCUGUGCGGGAUGUUCCGCAAUCUCUUCACCAGGAAAGGCCAUAUUGAAGAUGGAUAUGUGAAACUCAUUGUGAUAAGUCUUAAAAACGACACAGAACACCUCCCUCUCAUUGGCAAAGUCGGUCUCUCCUGGAAAACGAAUGCCUUUGAUGGCUAUAUCGAGAACUGCUCCAUACUGGACAUCACCGUCCUGGACGAGCGUGGGAGGCCCUUCUGGUGCCUCAGCUCCCCGGUCAGCAUGGCGCCUGUGCCCGUACCCUCCGACGGGCCUCACUUCUCCGGCCGCUCCUACUGUGUGGACUACGUGGACGCCGAGGGCCGCGUGCACGUGGAGCUGGUGUGGGUGGAGGAGACGGAGGAGUUCUUCAUCGUCAGCCUCGUCCUCUUCCUCAGCACCGCCAAGGUCAACCGCUGGUUCGGUACCCGCCACUGAGCUGCCGGCCUCGCCCUCCCUCUCGCCCGGACAGUUGAAUAAAGCUGGGUUUGUCUGUA